AUGUAUGUCAUCCAUUCUUCGAGGAAAGCCUUUCACAAAUGGCAUGUGGCUGACUUGAACAACAGGAACCGAACUCUAUCCGGCAGAAGACGCAGCUCCACGAACACGGGCCGACACCGGUUCAGCAUUUCAACCUUCCGCGGCCUCCAGCAGCCGCUGCUGAGCAAGAAAAUGAACCGGGUCAUCAAGUCCGAGAACGCGGCGAUUGCGGCUCAUGAGUCCGCCGCUAGGCAGCGACUGGCAAUCGCGGCUCAGCUGUCCGAGUGGGGGGAGACGACCCAGGAUGAGGCGAUUUCGGACAUCUCGGAUAAGCUUGGCGUGCUGAUGGCGGAGAUGGGAGAGCAGGAAGAUCUCUAUGCGUUGAAUCUGGAGGAGUAUCGCAGCAUUCUGAAGCAUAUUCGGGAUACGGAGAGCUCUGUACAGCCUACGCGCGAUCAGCGGACGAAGAUCGCGGAGGAUAUUCAGAAGCUGAAGCUGAAGGAACCGAAUAGUCAUCGGAUCGAGACCUUGGAGCAGGAGCUUGUUAGGGCUGAGGCGCAGAAUCUCGUUGCUGAGGCCCAGUUGACCAAUGUGACCAGACAGAGGUUCAAGGAGGCAUUGCAUGUUAAUCUGGCCGCUGUGAUUGAGCGGGGAGAAAAACAAGCCCUGCUUGCCCGCCAUGCUCGUCGCUUACUCAAUUGUCUUGAUGACACCCCGGUGAUCCCCGGAGACGAGCCCAAGGAGUAUGCACACGGCGAUGAAGCUAAGCAGAUUAUUGAAGAUGCCGAACGGGAGCUUCACUCCUGGGAGAGUAACAUCGAGCCUGUGGAAACCGGCGCAGGUGCUGCACCCGCCGGCACUUCCAACCCAUCGUCUGCUCGUGAAGUUCGCGAAGAAGCAGGAACCGAGUCUCAGGCCACGGAGUCUGUGGCAGAUGAGCCUGAAGAUACUCAGGCGGAGACCGUCUCUACAUCUGAUGAAGGUGCUCACAUAGCGGUGGCAGAUAUGGCGUCUCCACAUGCAAGAGUUCAUAGCAUGUCAGCUCCAAUGAUGGAUGCUGACGCUCUGGAGGAGCAGUCACCAUCUGCGACUACUCCAAAAGUUACCGGCAUGGGUGUUACUGGCGGAGAGGCCCAGGCGAGUCGUUCAGACAACGUGAACGGUCCAAGUGAGACUCAGGAAAAUUCGGCUCCCCGUACUACUCAAGCUUCCAGCGGAAAUGAGACGAACUUCCCAAUUCGCACCAAGAAAACUGAGCCAUAUCAGCAAGGAGGGGCGUUGUACGAACAAGUACAGCGGGUUGCUGUUCCAAUCUGA